UCGGAGAACCACAACAGCAGGAUAAGGAUUCGAACGCCGCACGCAUCCCAUCCCAAUCUCCCCAUUUUAUUAUUAUUAUUAUUAUUAACCUCAAACGCAUCAUCUCACAUUUACAUAUACAUAAACACACCCAGAUCAGCCCCCCGCUUUUAGUCGCGAUUCCGAUCCCCGAAGAUGCAGCCGAGCGGAGAGGCGUCGCGCCGCAUCGCCAAACUCGCCGCUCAUCUCCGCCCUCCCAAUCUCCAGUUGUGAUAGAUUGCGUGAUAUCAUGCUAGUUCUGAAUGGAGUUUAUCUGUACGGGAUUUUGGUUCGAAGAUGGAGGAGAAAUGGUGGCUGAGGCGCUCUGACUGCCGGGCGAAAGGAGGGGCGCCCGGAUUCAAAGUGGCGAUAUUGGGCGCCGCCGGCGGGAUCGGUCAGCCGCUCGCAAUGCUGAUGAAGAUGAAUCCUCUCGUGUCGGUUCUCCAUCUCUACGAUGUCGUCAACUCCCCCGGCGUCACUGCCGAUCUCAGCCACAUGGACACCGGCGCCGUGGUCCGUGGCUUCUUGGGCCAGCCACAGUUGGAAAGCGCACUCACCGGAAUGGAUCUCGUUAUCAUUCCUGCCGGAGUUCCUCGAAAGCCAGGAAUGACGAGAGACGAUCUGUUCAAAAUCAACGCCGGAAUUGUUCGGACCCUUUGCGAGGGGGUUGCUAAGUGCUGCCCCAAUGCGGUCGUGAAUUUGAUCAGCAACCCCGUGAACUCUACCGUCCCUAUUGCUGCUGAAGUUUUUAAGAAGGCCGGAACCUACAAUCCCAAGAAGCUGCUUGGAGUGACGACUCUCGAUGUAGCGAGAGCCAAUACAUUUGUGGCUGAAGUGUUAGGGAUUGAUCCCAGAGAUGUUAAUGUUCCUGUGGUUGGUGGACAUGCAGGUGUUACAAUAUUACCUCUCCUUUCACAGGUUAAUCCUCCUAGUUCGUUCACGCCUGAAGAGAUUGCAUAUCUCACCGAUCGCAUUCAGAAUGGAGGAACGGAGGUUGUUGAGGCAAAAGCUGGAACAGGAUCGGCUACUCUCUCGAUGGCAUAUGCUGCUGCUAAAUUUGCCGACGCAUGCUUGCGGGGAUUGCGAGGAGAUGCCGGCAUUGUCGAGUGCUCUUAUGUAGCUUCUCAGGUCACGGAGCUUCCAUUCUUUGCCACAAAAGUGCGGAUAGGACGACAGGGAAUCGACGAGUUUUUGCCUCUUGGACCAUUGAAUGAGUUUGAGAGGGCUGGUUUGGAGAAGGCAAAGAAAGAGUUAGCCGAGAGUAUUCAGAAGGGUGUCUCUUUCAUUAACAAAUGAAGUGAUAAGUGAGUUAGAAGCCUAGCUUAUCUGCUAUCAACCUUAUAAGAUACUAAUAUACAUAAAAAUGUCUGUUGAUUAUUGUUACGCACUCCUAUAGAAAAGUUAUAUGAGUACUGUAAUUAUGCUACAUAACAUUUGAAUUUGCAAGAUCUUGUUUAAAGGUGCAAACUUUUCAUGAAUAA